UACGAUAAUGGUAUUAAUUUUUUCUGUAGAGGGAGUUUUGACAACGUGCAUCUACGAGGUUAAAUAUCGGUCCUCUGUACAAUCCACUUUAACGUUUAGUUAAAAUUUUUGAAAACAGAUUUAAUAUUUCAAACAAGAACAAUCUUUAUGUUAAAGUGUAAUAAAAAGAAGCAAAGACAAAUAUUUUAAUUCUUAGAAGAAAUAUGUACUAAAUAAAUUCACCGAGUAUAAUGGCACUAUUAACUACAAAGUUACUUCAUUCGUCAUAUUUUGGAUUGGCGAAAAAAUCAUUGGGAAUCCUCUACGAUUUUCAGUUGAAUCUUCAGCCUUGUUUGAACGAUGUCAGGAUAACUACUGUUCGUCAUAAACAAAUAUACAUUGGAGGCAGAAUUAGAGGAGGCGGUAGACCGACUCCACCAGGUAAAAUACCACCCAUGCCUAGUAAGUAUGGAUGGCGCCCUAUACUUCCAGAGGAUGGAAAAUAUACAAUUAAGCCAUUACCGGUUCAAAAACUUGGUGGAAGAGAUCCAGAGACAGGGCGUGUUGUUGUAAAAACAAUAGGUGGUGGUCGUAAAUUAGAAUUCCGAUGGGUAAUUUAUGAUCGAUCAGGACCUAAAGAAGGUCCACCAUUAGAGGAAAAAGUAUUUUUAAUAAGAGAAGAUUACUGCAGGACAUCAAAUAUUGCAUUAGUGGGUUCAGGUGAUAAAAUGAGAUGGAUACUUGCUCAUGCAACUAUGAAAGUGGGUGAUAUAAUAAGGUCUUCUAGCUAUAUACCACGUAUUCCUGUGCGUGCAAGAGAUGGAGAUUCACAUCCAUUGGGGGCUUUGCCAGUUGGAACUUGUGUUCAUAAUAUUGAGAAGUAUCCUGAAAUGGGUGGAGAUUAUUGUAGAGCAGCUGGAUCAUCUGCACAGAUAAUUAGGAAAAUAGAUGACCGGGUGAUAAUUCAGUUACCUUCAAAAGAACAAUUAUCACUUAAACAAGAAUGUAUAGCUGUUGUAGGUCAAGUCUCUAAUCCAAACCAUGGAAAGCAACAUAUUGGCAGUCCUCAGCGGUUGCGAUGGUUAGGCAAAAGACAAAGGUCUGGUCAGUGGCAUCGUAAAGAUGGAUAUUGUGGAAGAAAAAUACAUCCACCCAAACCUCUUAAAAUUAUUGGUUCAUCACCACCAGCAAAGAAUAUCGAACCUUACCAAUUGACUUUAUAAAAUCUGAAUAAAUUAUUACUAUUAUUUGUAAUUAGACUACUAUGUUCUUUUAAGCUUAUAAAUAUUACAUAUUUGAUAUAUUAAUACAGUUAAUCAAUUACAUACUACUAUUGAUUUAUGAUUAAUAAAAAUUUUAAAAUAAAUUUUUAACUCAUUUAAAUUUACUGAAUUAUUGUUCCUUGUUUAUCAGAUUGCAGAUUCAAAUCUCACUUCAGAUACACAGGGUGAAACAAAAGUCUCUAACAAAGAGAAUUCACUCUCUGUUCACAAAACAUGCUCUAAACAGAUGGAGAGCAUAUCCUUGUGUCCCAUAUGGUGUAUCUAUAAGGGACACAAUGCAUCUCUCCUGUUUGUGAUGAAUUCAUAUUGGCAUUUUUUAUGUUAUGCAUGUGUGUUCAUCUCAAAUGUAUGCAUAACAUUUAGCUGGUCCCUGUUUUGUAUCUUCAUUUUGCAUAUACUGUAAUGGCAAUUGAAUAGUUCCUCCAUAUAUAAAAAGUAGGUGGACAGAAGUCUGAGACCAUAAAGGAAAAAUAAAAUAAUUUUCCAUGUGUGGUGACUUCUUGAGUCAUCCUGUAGACAUUUGUAUUACAGGAAAUCCUCGUUAAUUUGAACUCUAAUAGUUCGAAAUAGUUCAAAAUAAAUUUGAAAUUAGUUAGUUUCUAACUGUACUUUUGUCCUGGCCAGGGAUAUAGAGGUUUCAUGUUAAAGAAUUUGGUUUGUUUGAAAUAUGGCUAAUUCAAAAUUUGAAGUGAAAAUUCUGUCCGAGCUGUGAUAUGCGUAUUUUAACUCAUUCGCUUAGAUCAAAGUGCCUCCAUGCCAUAAGAGAACAGUAGACCAAGAACAACUCUAAUCUGGUCAACAUGGCUCUGCUUUUACAGUAAUGCAUUUUCAUGUUAGCUAUGACUCACCUUAAUCAUUGACUACUUUUUCUAUUAUCUCUUAAAAUUCAACUGGCUUUCAGGUUGCAAGAUUGGGCUACAAGUAGCAGAUUGAGAUAUUUGUAGGCUCUCGGCUACUAAAUUUGGGCAACUUAUUACAUUUUAGGCUACAUUUUGAGGAACUCUGCUUUACUUUUUAUAAAAUCUAUUUUGCAACCUUUCAGAAUGGACAUGUGCUGUUUACCUGCAGUUUACAGUUUAUUCAUAUUAUUAUUAUUUAUUAAUGAAAAUAGCAUUCUGUAUAUGCAGUCGUAUUCUGUUUCCUUAAUAAAUUACAACAUGUAUGUGGCAUUUGACAUAUUGUAUAGAAAUAUGUAAGUCUCCCAUAAUUUGAAACUUGAUAAUUUGAAGAUGCGAUUAUUUCAUUCCUUGAAUUUUGAACUAACAAUGAUUUCCUGUAUUAGUUUUU